AUGUCUCAGGAAGUCACCUAUCCCAGACAUUUAAGGAUAGUGGAUAUCAGAUCCAGGCCUCACACUCCGGGAAAAGAAGCACUGAUGAUACCUUCAAGGAAGCGAUCCUGUCAGAGCCCGGAUCGACGACAGGUGGACUCUGUCGUCCAUCUUCCUGUCGCCAGCUCGGAGCAAAAAGUCCAGCAACGCCCGUCCAAAACACACUCUCGAAUGGGCCUUCAUUUUGCAAGCUCCUCACAGCGAUAUCCUGUUCGCGGAGCUCUCUAUACUAGAGUGUACGAAGGUGUAACACAGAAUCACACACAAAACCAAAGUCAGUCAAACACUGAUCUCCUCGAUGCCUGCAAGAAUGGAGACAUGUGCCGAGUCAAAUACUUAUUAUCUGAGGGUCAUGCAGACAUCAACACAAGAGGACAGAACGGAAUGACACCACUGAUGCUUGCAGCACAGAAUGCUCAUAGACAAGUGUUUGACUUUCUCGUGGGGAAAGGAGCCAGUAUGUCAAUCUUGAGUACUGCUCGGAUGGGCAUCCUUCAUGUGGCAUGUAAAGGGGGAAAUAUUCCAAUAGUGAAGUAUGUCCUCGAACAGAACGUGACAGACAUCAACAGAAGAAGACGGGACGGGUCGACGGCAGCCAUGUUAGCAGUGUUUAGGGGACAUGGAGACGUAUUUAACUUGCUGGUGAGUAAAGGUGCUGAUCUAACACUACUUGAUGAUAAGGGAUCUACUUUUGUGGAUCUGGCCAUUCGGGGAGGAAAUACUGAGAUACUAGAAGAUGUAUUGAAACGUAACAGGGUGGACAUAAACAGGAAACACUGCGGGAUGACACCUGUCAUGCUUGCAGCUGUAAACGGGAAACUAGACGUGUUUAAUUUCUUAGUGCAAAAAGGCGCUGAUCUGUCAAUAAUGCACCCUGAUUAUGAGACAAUCCUUCACAUGGCAUUUGCAGGGGGAAAUAUUGAGAUCGUGAAAUAUUCUCUCGAACAGAACAUUGAUGCAAUGAACAACGAAGAUCUGGAUGGCUAUACACCAGCAGUGAUAGCAGCAAAGAUGGGUCGCAGAGACAUAUUCGAUUUACUUGUGAAGAAAGGAGCUAUUCUGACUAUGAAGGAAGAAAACAACAAUAUCCUUCUUAUGGCGUGUGAAGGAGGAAAUGUGGAUAUAGUAAAGUAUGUCCUCAAACAAAAUAUUGUAGACAUCAACAACAAAAACGAAGAAGAAUUGACACCAGCAAUGGUGGCAGCACGUUGGGGACAUAAAGAAGUGUUUGACUUACUUAUCAGUGAAGGAGCAGAUUUGACUCAUGUGAAUGAAGACGAUGACAACAUCCUUCAUUUGGCGUGUUAUGGCGGAAAUGUGGAUAUAGUGAAGUAUGUCCUCCAACAAAACAUUGUAGACAUCAACAGCGAAGACGUUGGCGCAUUGACACCAGCAAGGAUAGCAAUUUCCGUGGGACAUAGAGACAUAUUGUAUUUGCUUUUGAGAGAAGGCGCUAAUCUGACACAAGGGAAGUAUGAUUAUAGCAACUUCCUUCACGUGGCCUGCACUAGCAAACAAACUGAAGUAGCGAAGUAUUUGAUCACAAAAACAACUGUGGAUAUCAACAGUGAAAAUCGUGACGGCAAGACACCUGUGAUGCUGGCAGCACUCCAUGGACUUGGAGAGGUGUUUGACUUGCUAGUAAGUAAAGGUGCUGAUCUAACAAGCGUAACUGCACGUCAGGAGAACAUUCUUCAUCUGGCCUGUGAUGGAUUAAACGUGGAGAUAGUGAAGUAUAUUCUUAGACAGAAUAUUGUAGAUGACAUCAAUUCAAGAGCACAGAGUGGGAACACUCCACUAAUGAAUGCAGCAAGAAUUCGAAAUAAAGAAGCUUUUGAUUUACUUGUGAAGAAGGGGGCGAAUCUGACAUUAGUGGAUAAUUAUGACAAAAACAUUCUUCAUUAUGCCUCGAAGGGUGGAAAGUUGGAGAUAGUCGAGUAUAUUCUCGCACAGAAUAUUGUUGACAUUAACAGCAGAGAAAAGGGCGGACAGACGGCAGUAAUGAAGGCGGCCUUGAUGGGGAAGAGAGACGUGUUUGACUUCCUGGUGACGAAAGGAGCAAAUCUGUCAUCCGUUGAUACAAAUGGCAACACCAUCCUAUAUUUUGCCUGUGAAUCCAGAAAUAUAAAUAUUGUGAAAUAUAUCCUUUCACAUGUCACAAUAGCCACUGCCGACAAGGAAAGGGUAAUUCUGGCCAAUAAGGAUGAAAGUGUAACACAGAAUCACACACAAAACCAAAGUCAGUCAAACACUGAUCUCCUCGAUGCCUGCAAGAAUGGAGACAUGUGCCGAGUCAAAUACUUAUUAUCUGAGGGUCAUGCAGACAUCAACACAAGAGGACAGAACGGAAUGACACCACUGAUGCUUGCAGCACAGAAUGCUCAUAGACAAGUGUUUGACUUUCUCGUGGGGAAAGGAGCCAGUAUGUCAAUCUUGAGUACUGCUCGGAUGGGCAUCCUUCAUGUGGCAUGUAAAGGGGGAAAUAUUCCAAUAGUGAAGUAUGUCCUCGAACAGAACGUGACAGACAUCAACAGAAGAAGACGGGACGGGUCGACGGCAGCCAUGUUAGCAGUGUUUAGGGGACAUGGAGACGUAUUUAACUUGCUGGUGAGUAAAGGUGCUGAUCUAACAGUACUUGAUGAUAAGGGAUCUACUUUUGUGGAUCUGGCCAUUCGGGGAGGAAAUACUGAGAUACUAGAAUAUGUAUUGAAACAUAACAGGGUGGACAUAAACAGGAAACACUGCGGGAUGACACCUGUCAUGCUUGCAGCACUUAACGGGAAACUAGACGUGUUUAAUUUCUUAGUGCAAAAAGGCGCUGAUCUGUCAAUAAUGCACCCUGAUUAUGAGACAAUCCUUCACAUGGCAUUUGCAGGGGGAAAUAUUGAGAUCGUGAAAUAUUCUCUCGAACAGAACAUUGAUGCAAUGAACAACGAAGAUCUGGAUGGCUAUACACCAGCAGUGAUAGCAGCAAAGACGGGUCGCAGAGACAUAUUCGAUUUACUUGUGAAGAAAGGAGCUAAUCUGACUAUGAAGGAAGAAAACAACAAUAUCCUUCUUAUGGCAUGUGAAGGAGGAAAUGUGGAUAUAGUAAAGUAUGUCCUCAAACAAAAUAUUGUAGACAUCAACAACAAAAACGAAGAAGAAUUGACACCAGCAAUGGUGGGAGCACGUUGGGGACAUAAAGAAGUGUUUGACUUACUUAUCAGUGAAGGAGCAGAUUUGACUCAUGUGAAUGAAGACGAUGACAACAUCCUUCAUUUGGCGUGUUAUGGCGGAAAUGUGGAUAUAGUGAAGUAUGUCCUCCAACAAAACAUUGUAGACAUCAACAGCGAAGACGUUGGCGCAUUGACACCAGCAAGGAUAGCACUUUCCGUGGGACAUAGAGACAUAUUGUAUUUGCUUUUGAGAGAAGGCGCUAAUCUGACACAAGGGAAGUAUGAUUAUAGCAACUUCCUUCACGUUGCCUGCACUAGCAAACAAACUGAAGUAGCGAAGUAUUUGAUCACAAAAACAACUGUGGAUAUCAACAGUGAAAAUAGUGACGGCAAGACACCUGUGAUGCUGGCAGCACUCAAGGGACUUGGAGAGGUGUUUCACUUGCUAGUAACUAAAGGUGCUGAUCUAACAAGCGUAACUGCACGUCAGGAGAACAUUCUUCAUCUGGCCUGUGAUGGAUUAAACGUGGAGAUAGUGAAGUAUAUUCUUACACAGAAUAUUGUAGAUGACAUCAAUUCAAGAGCACAGAGUGGGAACACUCCACUAAUGAAUGCAGCAAGAAUUCGAAAUAAAGAAGCAUUUGAUUUACUUGUGAAGAAGGGGGCGAAUCUGACAUUAGUGGAUAAUUAUGACAAAAACAUUCUUCAUUAUGCCUCGAAGGGUGGAAAGUUGGAGAUAGUCGAGUAUAUUCUCGCACAGAAUAUUGUUGACAUUAACAGCAGAGAAAAGGGCGGACAGACGGCAGUAAUGAAGGCGGCCUUGAUGGGGAAGAGAGACGUGUUUGACUUCCUGGUGACGAAAGGAGCAAAUCUGUCAUCCGUUGAUACAAAUGGCAACACCAUCCUAUAUUUUGCCUGUGAAUCCAGAAAUAUAAAUAUUGUGAAAUAUAUCCUUUCACAUGUCACAAUAGCCACUGCCGACAAGGAAAGGGUAAUUCUGGCCAAUAAGGAUGAAAGUGGUAGCUGUGCAGUGAAUGAACUUUUACUGCAAUACUGA